UUCAGCAGUGAGUCUCCAGCUGUUGAGUGGAGUGGAGCGCUGGACUCUGCUUUACCUAACUUUAAUGUGAAGGAGACUCUUUGGACAGAGGACAGAAACAUGGAAGGGCAGGACAGCUCUUUCUCUUUACAGGGAGCUUUAUCUAUCUGUUUCCUUAUUGUGCUGCUGGAGCCCGGGACUCUCGGUAUGCCCUCUUUUUACCCUAUGAGUCAGCUUUGUAAGUUCUGUGAUCUGGAGCUUUCCUCCUGUAGUGGUACAGGGACCUGCAUGUCCAACUGCUCCAUCACAUCCAUCUGUAUGGACAGCAACGAGGUCUGUGUCUCUAUCUGGAGAAAGAAUGAGACAUGCUUCUCCAUUGAAACUCUGUGUCAUGACCCGUCCAAGCCGCUCUAUGGUGUUAUGCUGGAUGACUACAACAGCUCCACCUGUGUGAUGAAGGACAAGAACACAACAAGUGGGAUGGCUCAAUUCUGCUCCUGUACUGAUGAGGAGGAGUGUAAUGACAAACUGUUAUUCUCUCCCAGUGAGUACAUGAAACUAACACCCUCUACUGAGGUUAAAGCUGCACUUAUUAGGCAUGUAAGGGAUGUCCCUAUAAAGUUGUUUUUGCCCCCGAUCUUGAUCUUGAACACGAACCGAAUCAUCAAAUAAUAUAUCUGCUGAUACCAAGUCCCCAUCCGA